UGUCAUCUGUCUGUCAAAAUCUGUCACGCUCACGGGUGUCACGUGUGCAUGUGGGGGAAAUUCAGACUUCCAAUACUUAUUACCGAUAAAAAUCUUUUACUUUAAUAAUAUUAAUAGAACAAAUUUGCGUGACAAUAAGUUAAAAAGUAAAUUAAUACAAUGCCUAAGUCAAAAAGAGAUAAGAAAGUUUCUCUGACGAAAACAAAUAAAAAGGGACUUAUUUUGAAACAAAAGACUAUUGAGGAAAUCCGAAAUUCGUUAUCUAAAUACGAACACGUUUUUCUUUUUACUGUUGACAAUAUGAGAAACACAAAAUUAAAAGAUUUACGUGCAGAUUGGAAAGAUUCACGUUUCUUUUUUGGUAAAAACAAAAUUAUGGCUGUGGCUUUAGGAAGGACUAAAAGUGAUGAGGUGGAAGACCAGCUGAAUUUGCUUUCAAAGAGAUUGAAAGGUCAAUGCGGUUUGUUAAUGACCAACAGAGAUGUAUUGGAUGUUCUUCAAUGGUUCAAAAGUUAUCGUGCAACAGAAUUUGCCCGUUCAGGUUUUCUGGCAACUGAAGAUGUUAUAUUAAAAGCAGGACCUCUAAAAGAUUUCUCACAUACUAUUGAACCACAUCUAAGGAGGCUUGGUCUGCCAACAUCACUUGAGAAAGGAGUCAUUAAUCUUAUCAAAGAAUACAAGGUAUGCAAGAAGGGUUCGUCUCUGACACCAGAACAAGCAAGUAUAUUGAAGUUAUUAGGAAUACAGAUGGCACAGUUUAAAUUAGUUAUUAAAUGCCAUUGGACAAAAGGAAAAGGCUUCCAUAAAGACCUUGAUAUACAAAGUGACAGUGAAGAUAAUGAAGAAAAUGUACUGGAAGAUGAGGAAAUGGAAGAAGAUGAAACCUAAAUAUAUAUUUCAUUAUAUACAUAAACCUUUUGUGUUAUUUCCUUGUUAAGAGAUGAGAUAAUGUUAAACCUAAUUUAUCAGUCCAUCACAAAAUAGGAAUAAAUAGCCAGAAU